CACUCGAACCCCGAACGCCCAACUAUGAACGCCAAGGUCCUCCUCCUCCUCAGUCUGGCAGCCGUCGUUGCCGCAGACAGCCGUCAGAUUUACCGCCCUCCUCAGUCUUCCCAGGAAACCUCCGAGUCUUCCGAGGAGUCCUACGAGUCCUCCGAAGCCAAGUACAGCUUCAACUGGGCCGUCAGCGAUGACUCCUCAAGCAACGAGUUCGGACACCAGGAGGCCCGUGACGGCGACGACACCCAGGGAUCCUACUACGUGCAGCUCCCCGACGGCCGCCUGCAGAAGGUCACCUACUACGUGGACGGCGAC